UGUAAGCUACAUUUAGCCGUUCACGUAGUGUCGCUUCUGCUUUGCAUACGAUUUCCCUCGAAAACAGAAGUCGCGGAAUCAAAUCAAGGGUUCUGUUAGAUUCCGGUUCGAAUCUUGACGAGAUUCAGAGUCCGCGAAUUCAAUCAGAAACGCGUCUUUCGAAUCAGGAUGGGCGCCAUGAAGUCUAAACGGUUUAAAAAGACUCCUCAGGUUCUCCUCAUGGGCUUGGAUUCGGCUGGAAAGUCUACUUUGCUCUACAUGCAGCAGCGUGGUGUGGUGAUGGAGACCUCACCGACUGUGGGCUUCAAUGUUGCGACUAUACAGCUGGACAAGAAGAACUCACUGUCCGUGUGGGAUGUCGGGGGACAAGGAACUAUGAGGCCCAAUUGGAAGUACUACCUUGAGGGAUGUAAGGUACUGGUCUUCGUGGUGGACAGCACUGAUCGUACCAGGAUGGGAGAAGCUCAGAAAGCCCUGAAGAAGAUUCUGACUGAUGAGCAUUUGAAAGGAGUUCCCUUGAUGGUGCUGGCUAACAAAAAAGAUCUGCCAAACUCUGUGACUAUUAGAGAGGUGUCUACAUUGCUGGAGCUGGAUAGUUACACAGAUCGGAAAUGGGAGAUCCAAGCUUGCAGCGCCCUGAAGGGACUGGGUCUCCAGCAAGCCUUUACCUCUAUAGCUAAACUAAUGCACAAAGCAUAA